AUGAGAAUGCUAACUCCCAUUAACCUAUACCAACACGUUCCCACUCUUCCACCUGAACUCACCGUUCCUGAAGUCGGAGCAGCAGACCCGUCUGACAACGAAACAAUUGAUGUCGCCGACUUCGUAUCUGUAACCAAUACCGAUGAAAUAGCAGUGACCGAAGAAGUGCUCUCCGUAUCACCCAAAGAUACCAUCCCAAUGGACGUGCGCUCAAAGUCGCUCGCACACGUAUCAAGCCCCGUACUGCUCUCACUCCCCUCGGAACUGCAUGUGUACAACGAGCUUCCGCUCUCACCGCCCCCAUUGGAUAUUUCAGACCAAGCGCUUGUCCAAACUCCAAUCUGCGUCGUAGUAACAAUCUGCGUUACACCCAUAGAGGAGACUGAGCAUCUAGGCCUCCCAUAUGCGUCCGUGUGA